UUGACUCGCCGCGCCGCGCCCGGGCCGGAGGGGAGGCGGCGCUGCGGACGGUCCGGUGCCGCCGUGCCCGGGCAGGGGCAUGAGGAGAGCGCGGGGAGCGGCGGCAGCGGGCGGCCUCGCGGGGGUGAGCUGAGGCGGGCACGGCUGAGGGGAGCCGCGCGGGGCCCGCGCCAUGUCCCUGCUCUGCGUGCGAGUGAAAAAAGCAAAACUCCAGGGGCCACCAGAUAAAUUUAAUACCUAUGUGACCUUGAAAGUGCAAAAUGUGAAGAGUACAACAGUUGCAGUGCGAGGGGACCAGCCCUGCUGGGAACAAGACUUCAUGUUUGAGAUCAGUCGGCUGGACCUGGGCCUGAUUGUUGAAGUAUGGAACAAAGGGCUGAUCUGGGACACUAUGGUCGGGACUGUGUGGAUUGCACUUAAGGCCAUCCGGCAGUCUGAUGAGGAAGGACCUGGAGAAUGGUCUACGCUGGAGGCAGAGGUCGUAAUGAAGCAUGAUGAGAUCUGUGGGACCAAAAAGCCAACUCCCCAUAAAAUUUUGCUGGAUACAAGAUUCGAGUUACCUUUUGAUAUCCCUGAGGAGGAAGCCAGAUAUUGGACCAAAAAACUAGAACAGAUAAACUCUUUGGGAGAUCGUGGUGAGUAUUCAUUUUCAGAAGAAGUCCAGAAGAAACCAUUGCCCACUGCUGCCUCCCAGUGUUCCUUGGAAGACCCCGAUAGUGCAGUGGAUGAUAGAGACAGUGACUACCGCAGUGAGACCAGCAACAGCAUUCCUCCUCCUUACCACACCAUCUCCCAGCCCAACGCCUCUGUGCACCAGUUCACUGUGCCCUCUCGCCUGCAGCAGCAGGGUGUGUCUCGGGACUCCUGCAUGGACUCCAUGCAGAGCUAUGAUCUGGAUUACCGGGAACGUAUGGCCAUCAGUCCUGCGGGAAGCAGCAGGUAUGGCUCCUCAUGUAAUGUCAGUCAGGGAAGCUCUCAGCUGAGUGAGCUGGACCAUUACCAUGAAAGCACCCAUGGGUCUGAGCAAGAGGAUGAACACCGGGAAGGGGAAUCCAAUCAUUCCUGUCACAGCUCUGGCAGCUAUCAGAAGGAUGGCCAGGAGUGGCGCAGUGAGCCGGAGGAACACCCUGAGCAUCACAGCGAAACAGCAGAGAAGGAAAAGGUCUGUGUGAGAGAGGAGACAGCUCAAGAUCAUUCUGCAUCCAAAUUAACCCCACAACUUGAGAAGCCCAACGAUAUCCCUGCAGGGCGGCCAGAGAGUUACCUUGAUGAAAAUGAACCCCCAGCGUUUUCUCCUGCAAGAGCUCGCUGGCUCCGAGCCAUUAACAAAAUACGACUACGGCUUCAGGAGGGUCAAGAUGAUGGAGAUCCAUCAAAACCACCUUGGUUCAAAGAAGGGCCUGCAGGUGGUCUCUAUGGCAUUGACAGCAUGCCUGAUCUACGUAAAAAGAAACCAAUUCCACUUGUCAGUGAUUUGUCACUGGUUCAAUCCAGGAAGGCUGGAAUUACCUCAGCAAUGGCCACUAGAACUUCUCUUAAGGAUGAGGAGCUGAAAUCUCAUGUAUAUAAGAAGACCCUGCAAGCCUUAAUUUACCCUAUCUCCUGCACAACCCCUCACAAUUUUGAGGUGUGGACAGCUACAACCCCUACAUAUUGCUACGAGUGUGAAGGGCUCCUAUGGGGCAUUGCAAGGCAGGGUAUGCGCUGCACUGAAUGUGGGGUCAAAUGUCAUGAGAAGUGCCAAGACCUGCUCAAUGCUGAUUGCUUACAGAUGGCUGGUCACCCAUCUGUACUUGCUUGUCUUGUUCACAGUGAGUGCCAUAACUCCUCGGAUCGGAUCAAAGUGCGCGUCUGGGAUGAGGAUGAUGACAUUAAGUCUCGUGUCAAGCAGAGGCUGAAACGUGAGUCGGACGAUUUCUUGGGGCAGACCAUCAUCGAAGUCCGCACACUGAGUGGAGAGAUGGAUGUAUGGUACAAUCUUGAGAAAAGAACAGAUAAAUCUGCUGUAUCUGGUGCUAUACGCUUGCAAAUCAAUGUGGAAAUAAAAGGAGAAGAGAAGGUGGCUCCGUAUCAUAUUCAGUACACAUGCCUUCAUGAAAACCUCUUCCACUAUCUCACAGACAUUCAAGGGAGUGGGGUGGUGAAGAUCCCUGAUGCCAAAGGAGAUGAUGCCUGGAAGGUGUAUUUUGAUGAGACAGCCCAAGAGAUAGUGGAUGAAUUUGCAAUGCGUUAUGGUAUAGAAACAAUAUACCAGGCUAUGACGCACUUUGCAUGUCUGUCCUCCAAGUACAUGUGUCCAGGAGUGCCAGCUGUGAUGAGCACCUUACUGGCCAAUAUCAAUGCCUACUACGCGCACACUACUGCAUCCACAAACGUGUCUGCUUCUGACCGCUUUGCAGCCUCAAACUUUGGGAAAGAAAGGUUUGUUAAACUGCUGGACCAGCUGCACAAUUCACUCCGUAUUGACCUCUCCAUGUAUAGGAACAAUUUCCCAGCCAGCAGCCCUGAGCGGUUACAGGACUUGAAAUCCACCGUGGACUUGCUGACCAGCAUCACGUUUUUCAGAAUGAAGGUUCAAGAACUACAGAGCCCACCUCGAGCCAGCCAAGUAGUGAAGGACUGUGUGAAGGCCUGUCUCAACUCAACCUAUGAAUACAUCUUCAACAAUUGCCAUGAACUGUAUAGUCGCGAGUACCAGACAGAUCCCAACAAAAAUCAGGACCUUCCUCCUGAGGAGCAAGGCCCCAGCAUCAGGAACUUGGAUUUCUGGCCUAAACUCAUCACUCUGAUAGUUUCCAUUAUAGAAGAGGAUAAAAAUUCAUAUACCCCUGUCCUGAACCAGUUUCCUCAGGAGCUCACUGUUGGGAAGGUCAGUGCUGAAGUCAUGUGGAACCUUUUUGCCCAGGAUAUGAAAUAUGCCAUGGAAGACCAUGAGAAGCACAGACUAUGUAAAAGUGCAGACUAUAUGAAUUUGCACUUCAAAGUGAAAUGGCUGUACAAUGAGUAUGUUCGCGAUCUGCCUGCCUUCAAGGGGAAAGUGCCCGACUAUCCAGCAUGGUUUGAGCAAUUUGUGAUGCAGUGGCUGGAUGAGAAUGAAGAUGUUUCCCUGGAAUUCCUGCAUGGAGCCCUGGAGAGAGAUAAGAAAGAUGGGUUCCAGCAAACAUCUGAGCAUGCCCUAUUCUCCUGCUCGGUGGUGGAUGUCUUCACACAGCUCAAUCAGAGCUUUGAGAUCAUUAAGAAGCUGGAGUGUCCAGACCCUGAGGUUGUUGCUCACUAUAUGAGGAGGUUUGCUAAGACAAUUGGGAAAGUGCUGAUGCAGUACGCUGACAUUCUCUCCAAGUGUUUCCAGUCCUACUGCUCCAAGGAGAAACUACCCUGCAUCCUGAUGAACAACGUUCAGCAGCUGAGAGUGCAGCUCGAGAAGAUGUUUGAGGCCAUGGGUGCUAAGGAGCUGGACCCAGAAGCAAGUGACAAUCUCAAAGAGCUCCAAGUGAAACUGAACAAUGUUUUGGAUGAGCUCAGUGUUGUGUUUGGUAACAGCUUUCAGAGCCGUAUUGAUGAGUGUGUCAAGCAGAUGUCAGAUAUACUCUGUCAAGUGAAAGGGACAGGAAAUAUCCCUGCAAAUGCCAGGAACACAGUGGCGCAAGACGCGGACAAUGUCCUGAGGCCAUUAAUGGACUUCCUGGAUGGAAACCUGACUCUCUUUGCCACGGUGUGUGAAAAGACAGUGCUGAAACGGGUGCUGAAGGAGCUCUGGAGGGUGGUGAUGAAUACCAUGGAGAAGCUCAUUGUGCUGCCUCCACUCACAGACCACACGGGUACACAGUUGAUUUUCAGUGCUGCUAAGGAACUGGGACACUUGUCAAAGUUGAAGGAUCACAUGGUGAAGGAAGAAACUAGAAGUCUCACUCCAAAGCAGUGUGCGGUUCUGGACCUGGCCCUGGAUACUAUCAAACAAUAUUUCCAUGCUGGUGGGAACGGUCUAAAGAAAACCUUCUUGGAGAAGAGUCCAGACCUGCAGUCGCUCCGCUAUGCGCUGUCCCUCUACACUCAGACCACAGACACGCUCAUCAAAACCUUUGUCCAGACACAGACAGCUCAGGGUUCUGGUGUGGAUGAUCCAGUGGGUGACGUGUCCAUACAGAUCGACCUGUAUACACACCCAGGAACUGGUGAACACAAGGUCACAGUGAAAGUUGUGGCAGCCAAUGACCUGAAAUGGCAAACAUCCGGCAUGUUCCGCCCGUUUGUUGAAGUCACUAUGAUUGGACCUCAUCAAAGUGACAAGAAAAGAAAGUUCACAACCAAAUCAAAGAGCAACAACUGGGCACCCAAAUACAACGAAACCUUUCACUUCAUAUUGGGGAAUGAAGACGGCCCAGAUGCCUAUGAGCUCCAAGUAUGUGUGAAGGAUUACUGCUUUGCUCGGGAAGAUCGAGUCCUGGGGAUAGCUGUGAUGCAGCUCAGAGAUAUAGCGGACAAAGGAAGCUGUGCUUGCUGGUGCCCACUAGGGCGUAGGAUUCACAUGGACGAGACGGGGCUCACGGUCCUGAGGAUUCUUUCUCAACGAACCAAUGACGAAGUGGCCAGAGAGUUUGUAAAGUUGAAAUCGGAGUCCCGCUCCACGGAAGAAGGCACCUGAGCUGAGCUCUGAACAUUCCCCCUCUCGUUUUCCUUGUGCCAAUAUGUGCAAGUGUUCAACCAUUUUCUUUUACUAAUUACAAAAGGUUUUUCAGUUAGUCGGUGUUAGCUACAAUAGCAAACGUGCCGUACCGGAAACAAAUCCACCAAUCGGAUGUGAAUUAUUUAUUGUUUAGUGUCUGGGUAAGGCAUCCUAGAGAAUGAGACACACACUUUUAUUUAAGAUACAAAUUGUGCUUUGUACAAAAUGGUUUUCUCUCUGGUCUGGGCAUACUGGGUGGUGUGGAGAUGGAGCACUGUGAUUCAAUCCUCUGGAAUUGGCAGACAUGAAAUGUCUUCAGAAUCAAACAUGAAACAAACCACUCAGACAUGUUGGGAGGAGAACAAUACUUUUGGCUGUUGGAAAAGCACAGUUGUUCCCCUUACUGUAGAGCUGCCAAAGGAUGUUCUUGUGUCGAUAAUGCCAGUACAUGCCAACAUGGCACGCGGGCACCUCAGCAUCAACUUAAAAAAUGCUGCAUGGUUUUUAGACUAUGCAGCUAGAAUGAAGUAUGACCAAGAUGGUGCUGUCAUGAGCGGAGUCAGGACAAGCAAGCCAAAAGCCCAGGUGCCCCAAGCCUUCGCCCAAUUGAGAGCUGCAAAGACAGCUAACCAAGAGUAGACCACAGCUGAGCACACUGUCACUAGUUGGUGCAGCCAUAUUGCUGUGAAAUGAAGGCUGUUGCAGGCUGCUAGAUUCCACGAGCCAUACUCUGGGCACCUCUGACCCAUGGAACAAGCACUAUGGUGAUGACAAAUUAAAUGGCUGCUGUAUGUUGUUUUUAACUUCAGCGCUGUGCUAUCACUAGGUUUUUGACAUGUAGCAAACACAGAGGGUUUGGGUUUGAGUUGGUGGUUCAAUAUUUACAAGAUUUCAAUGGCAUUUGUUUCCAUGGAGUAGCUGAGGAUUCCUUGCUCUGUACCCUGAUGCAAUGGCCUGUCUGGGGCAGACACAGCAUGUGCUCAUCAGAAAGAACUCUGUCCAUUCACACAGGUUGGGGAGGGAGAGGGACUCUUCUCUCUUGAUCACAAGGUUGCAGUUGGCCGUGCAGAGGAUGGUUUGCAUAAGUAUGACUGUCGGUCAUUCUGUGAAUUCAUGUCACCCUGGGAAAUAUUUUUGCACUAGAUAAAAGGAGUGUCCAAUUUGUUUCUUGUAAAAUGAGAAGUCUUGAGCAAAGAUGAUUACGGGGACAUCAGGAUUGGCUUUUAACAUAUUUCUUAGGUUGGGAGACAAAGAUUAGGAUUUGUACUUGAGACUUCUUUUCCUUCCUGUUUGCAGCCAAGUGAGCACUGUCACACUCUGAAAAUGGAAGGUGGAACAAGCCAGUCCUGGCACAUAAUGUACUGUAACACUGUCAAUAACUGUCAAGGACUACAUAUUGGGUGAUUCCUUUUGUAUUUUAUUUUCUAUUUUUCUCUGACAUUUGUACAGCUGUAUGAUAUGAAUCUUGUACUUCACAGGCCGGCUUGUAGAGAUCUCAGAGACUGCAUACCUGCUUUGUUAUUGUCUAUAGAUGUAUUAUAAUAAUGAUCUCCAAAACUCCAAGCGAUUGUUAUGAUUUUUAAUCAUUGUCUGUGCCAUUGUUUUAGGAAAUGAUGAUAGUACAGUCUUUAAUAAAUUAUCU